CAGCGCAUUAGUGGAGCGGAUGAUGGAAAGGACAUUCGGGAGAAGGGGUUCUCGCGAGAGCAGAGCCUUCCAGAUGCCCUUACUUCGUCCGGAAGUGACUCGAGACACACUGCUUCAUUCCAUGAAGGGCUUGGAGUCUGGAGGACUGCCCUCCUCGCGACAAGAUCGGAGCAUUCAUUUCUUUGUGGAGAGGAGAAACAGCAGCGACGAAGGCGAGGGGUCAGACUGCAAAGGGGGUGGAGGCGGUGUGGUCCCAUCCCGCCUCUGCCGGACCAAGUAUAACACCACGGCUCCUCUUUACGGCGUCAGCCUCACUUCCGGGCAAACCGUCACCAUCGUCCAAAAAUUCCCCGAUCUCCUCCAACAAGUCAUCUACGAAGUCUGCGAGUCGAAAGAAUGCGACGUGAUCCGCGGAGAAUGUGUUCAGACCUACAUCCCCUACCUGUUCCUGGUGAUCCCGUUGGGCCCGGUGACGCUGACGGGACAAGACUACGUCCUCGUGGAAUCCGGCUGCGUCUGCCGCCCCAAAUUCUCCUCGAGUCCCGUCCAGGGCGCCGAUGGGUUCCUCCAGCAGGAACCCCAACUCCCUCAGAAGGACUCCAACACCAUCGACAGACGAAGAUGA